CUUUCAAUACUGCCUCGAAAAGCUCCGUCAAGAAAUCCUCACUGCACCAGCCACCGAUGCUGGCCCUUUCUUAUCGACCUCGAAUGAUUUCAUUUCUACUGGCGGUCUCAGUCCGAACGAAACCACUGCCUCUGCAGCAACGCAACCGGUUAUCUUCGACAUUUCCAGCCUACAAGAGCUCUUUCGGACGUCAGUCUACUCCUCCCAUCGUAUACCUGAAGUGCGGCAGACCCUCAUCUACUGCUACGCUAUCCUCAUCGUCUGUGGUACCACUUUUAACCUCGCCGUCCUCUUUGCUCUGCUAUACUUUAGAGAACAAACAUUUACCAACAUUGCCAAUAUAUUUGUAUUCACACUGGCUGCAUCAGAUGUUGUUUUGUGUGGUGUCAGCAUGCCAAUUCAACUUUACUAUGGCA